CCGCUACACGGCGCAGCAGGCCUUCAAUUUCGGACGCGUGCAGAGCCUCAUCGGAGACCUCAGGUAUGUCCUGAUCAGUCGUCCCUCUGAAUGGUCCGAUCAGCUCAGACUGAAGUUUCUAGAAGGUCUGGACGCUUUUUUGGAGCUGCUCAAGUGUAUGCAGGGGUUGGACCCAGUGGUGAACGGGGCAGCACUAGAGAUGGAGCCUGAGUGAAGCACGUUCACCAUGCAGAUGAAGCUGACCCCCAUCAUCACCAUGAUCCAGGACUGGUGUGGGUCUGAUGAGCGCGUGCUGAUCGAGGCCUACAGGAAAUGUCUGAGCGCGCUCAGUGUGUGCCACAGCGGGCUGCCAGACGGAGAGCAGCCAAUCAGCUUGAGCCUGGCGGGUCACAGUGUGGAGACAUUCAGGUACCAGGUGUCUCAGGACAAGGUGUCCAUCCACCUGCCCGUCUGCAGGCUGCUGGCAGGUCUCCAUGUUCUGCUGAGCCGGACAGACGUCACCAACCGCUUCCCUGAGGAGCUUCCUCUGGGGGAACUCAGCCCCCCCCUCCUGAUCGAGCUCCCCCUUCGCUGCCUGGUGCUCUGUGCCAAGGUGCAUGCUGGGAUGUGGAGAAGGAACGGCUUUUCGCUGAUCAACCAGAUUUAUUAUUAUCACAACGUGAAGUGCCGGAUGGAGAUGUUCGAUAAGGACAUCGUCAUGUUGCAGGCGGGAGCGUCCAUGAUGGACCCGAACCACUUCCUGAUGAUCGUCCUGAGUCGGUUUGAACUCUUCCACAUCUUCAGCUCGGCAGACUGCAGGAAGAGAUACAGCGAGGCCAACAAGGAUGUGAUCCAGCAGAACAACACCCUGAUAGAGGAGAUGCUCCACCUCAUCAUCAUGGUCGUCGGUGAGGGUAGUGUCAGGUGUGGGGCGGUAGAAUCUUUUGAUGAGGUCAGAAGAGAAUCAUCCAUCAGCUGUCGAUCCGACCGAUGGCUCACAGCGAGCUGUGAGCUCUGCCGAAAUGUGAAUGGGAACAGGAGACUGGUCGGAGAGAGUCAUUGACACCGUUGCUUUAUUCAAGAAGCCCGGGGUGACGGGCCGAGGUCUCUACGGCUCCUCCUGAUUGAGCAAACACUUCAACCGUACUUCCACCACUACAGCCGGGCCGACCAGUCCAAGGCUGAGGAGGCUCAGAGGAAGCUGCGGAGACAGAACGGAGAAGACACAGCCCUGCCCCCUCCGCCCCCCCCUCCCCUCUGUCCCCUGUUCGGCAGCCUGGUGAACCUGCUGCAGAGUGACGUGCUGCUGGCUGUAGAGGGCGCCGUGCUGCAGUGGGCCGUGGAGCCCAGCGGGGGGGGCUGGACCGAGUCCAUGCUGCAGCGGGUGCUCCACCUGGUGGGCGUGGCUCUGCUGGAGGAGCAGCAGCAGCUGGAGAACAGCAGCGGAGACGACGACGUCACCUUUAACUACACCUGCAAGAUCACACGUCCAGGUGAAGCUCCAGUACUUCAGGAAGUGUCCUGGCUCUGUUGGAGAUUUUGCAGAACGCUCCGCACCUCGAGGUCCACAAGACAGUAUCACCUUGAUCCUCCAG